AGCUUUAUUUUUUAUUAAAAUAAAUAAUAACGUAAUCUUUCAAAAAAACAUUAAGUAUAUUCCAAAAUGUAAUAUCGAUCACGUAAAACCCUGAUUUUCUUAUCAAAUAAAAUAAAAUCACAUUUUACAGGCAGUAACUUUAGGUGAAUCAUUUGAAUCAAUGAAGUCAUUUUCGGCUGUGAUAUUUCUAAACUGAUGAACCGGACGUGACGACACCGGCCCCAACCCCCAUCGCUCGUCGCCACAGCAACGCGUCAACACCGUGCGACCGUCCGGCUGCCUGGUGACACGCCGCGUCAUGCCCCGGUUCUUCACCCCCGCGGAGGUGUCCGCUCACAACAGCGAGGCCGACCUGUGGCUCUCGUUCCUGGGCAGAGUGUGGGACGUCAGCCCGCUGAUGGACCUCCACAAAGGUGACGCUCUGCUCUUGCCCAUCAUGGAGGCCGCAGGUAAAGACAUCAGCAGCUGGUUUGACUCAAAGACCCAAGACGUCCGGAGAUACGUGGACCCGCUGACUACCUGCGAGAGGUACUACACCCCCAUGGGUCGCUUUGUGCACAUCCCGCCCGCCGGACCCCGCUCUGACUGGGCCACAGAGGUCGCUCCCACCUGGUGGAGGGACGAGCGCUACCAGGUGGGACUGCUUACCGCCAAGACCAGGUGGAUACGAAUCAUCAACACGCUUACCUCACAGGAGCAGAGGCUGCAGGUGUGUUCGGAGGAGACGAUGGCCGGGAUCCUCCAGCGUUACCUGCGCUACAACUCUCAUGCCCGCAGCUACACCUGGAAACAUGGCAGCGUGAUUCUGGACAUGAGCCAGACGCUUGGCGAAAACAACGUCCCCGACGACGACCACGAGCUGCAACACCUGAGGCUGGACCCAGACCUCUUCCCCCCUGCCCUGCUCCUCUACUUCAACGAUGACCUCACAGAGAGCUGAGCUGUGACCUCUUUAUGCCGUGACUGGCACACCUGUACGUCAAGGAGUUACUCUGGUGAAAUGAAUUUGUCUGGAAUUAUUAAUAAAAGAAAGGAUUUUGAAUCUGA